GUCACUAUUUUAACAUAGAAUUUCAAUGCAAGAUCCAUCAAAACCCUUAGCCGACGGGGUCGUUGGAGAGAAGACUCAAGAAGAUGACACCGAAACUUCUUAGAACUUCAUUCAAUCCUACUUCUUUAAGAAAGACAACAAACUAAAGUCAUUGCUUUCACUCCUCCAUUUCCGGAUUUUCAUCUCUUCUAAUUUCCUCGGAAGUUUCACUGUUGAUUCUGAAACACGCAAACCAAACCCAAUAAUUCACAAACAUCAAUCACUUUAAUCCUUGACCCAAAUACAAAAUAUUCUUGAACUUUCAUUUACUCCAUAUAUUAUAAAUGCCAACCCCAUCAGUAUUCUUCUCUUAUCUGCUUACUAAACUAACUGCUCAUUUACAUAUUUAUGCUACUUGUUCUUUCUCACUCUUUCCAAAAUGGCACCCACUGAUGUUAUUGAUUAUACUAACCCCAUUUCAGUUUUCCAUAUUUUGUGUCUGUUUUUUCUCAAUUUCAUACUUGAACGUUUCUUUCCAGGGUUAUUCUACAUUUUCAUACUCUAUGCUGCAUUUCUUUUUUAUCUCUGGAAUUCAUGGGCUGCCCAACGUAACAUCAUCAGACGCCUUGAGGCGGCUGAUGUAACAUGCACACCAAGUGUUAGACAAAAUGACCAUGAAGAGCAUUGCUGCACAAAAAUUGUGGGAACGCCCGUUAAUGACAAACGGGAAGUGAAACUAUCGAUUGAAGAUGUGAAAACUAUGAUGGAGACACUUGAUCAUGAACAUAACAACAACAGGGAUAGUGAUAAUCUUGGGUUGAGUGCUGAGCUUGAGGAGAUGUUUGAGGAAGAAUUGAGCUUGGGGGAAGUUCAGGAAGCUUUUGAUCUGUUUGAUGAGAAUGGUGAUGGGUUUAUUGAUGCAGAGGAUUUGGAGAAAGUGUUGUGUGGGUUGGGAUUUGCAGUGGCUUCAGAUAUUGAUCAAUGUAAGACAAUGAUAAGUGGGUUUGACAAUAAUGGAGAUGGGCGUUUAGAUUUUGAAGAAUUUGCUAAGCUUGUUGAACAGAGCUUUUGUUGAAAACAUCUCUUUGUUUGUUAAAAGUAGGACUGUUCCUACAUGUAAAUUAGUCUUUGAAAAUAAACUGUCUUAGGUUACAUUUAGUUAUAAGAAACUCACUUGAAGGCUCAUUUGUUACAAGAACAUUCUCAAACCUCGUUGGAUGUGUUCUUGAAUUUUUGAAGUUAGUUUUUCUCGAAAUGCUCCUCGUGAAUGUAUGAGAAAUUUGUCCUUGAACUAGAAGAAAUAUCUAUGACAACAAGAAAGAUUACUACUAA